CAGACAAGUCAGAGACGGACUCAGUGGAGGAUCCUCUCUGUGAGAGAUGGCCAAGCUACAAUCUAUGGUUGUUCUACAGCUUCUGUUUGGAAACUUUAGACUGUGUCUCUUUCAAACCACUUCACCUAAUAUCAAAUCCGUCCAUCCUGGAGAAAACAUCACCCUGCACUGUGACAUCACUGUGGAUUAUGAGAUAUCAUGGUACCACCAGAGCUCAGAGGAGAUGAAGCUGCUGGUUUCUGCUGGAAAAGAUAAACUGAAUAAAUCAUUUUCACUCAAUCAUAAUGUGGAUGAAGGUCACUAUGAGGGAACUGAAAACACCAGUUCAGUCAGUUUAAUGAUUAUUGGUGUUAACGAGACUGAUUUGGGGCUGUAUUACUGCGGAGGCCGAGGACAUAAAUCACUCCUUAAGUUUGGAAAAGGCAUCAAUCUGACCUUUGCAGGCGCUGAAAACAAUGAAGAAAAGAUCAAAGACACUGAAUGUCCUCCAGAUUCUCCAGAUCCCAAGUCCUACCAGACUCUAUUUGCAGUCCUGAUGUCUGUCUGCUUGGUCUCUGUCCUGAUGAACAUCAUCUUCUUGUGGUUGCUCUGUUACAGGGUGCAAGGCAAGCCAAACAUUUGCUGGAGAGACACCAACAGCUCCCAUUCACUUGAGAAGGCGUCUCAGGAGUUGGAGAUACAGUACGCCAGUCCUGUCUACAACAGAGAUCUCAGUCCUGUCUAUAACAGAGAAGCCACUGAAGAAAGCACAGCGCCUGCUUCAGACAACGUGACCUAUGCAAAAAUAUCACGGCCUGCACCACAAAGUGCCACAAACGUCAGACACUUUCCGGCUUAGACCUCAUCUCACACAGACCAGUGCAAGCUCAGAUCAAGAAGGCACUGCUUUAUGACUCUUAUUCUUACAGGGGAUCCCAGGUGACACACAUUUUCCCACUAAAUGAGAUUCUUUGGGAGAUUCUUUGGGAGAUCAAUGACGAUGAUCCAAGCCAGGAGAUUUAGAGUAGUAACACCAGCAUGAAACACCUGCACUGAGACUAAGAGCCAUUGCGAUGCGUAUGGUUUGAUUUAGGCGUUUAAAAGAACUUCUGAUUAAGUACCUACAUUAAGGAUAACUGUGGAGCUUCCUCGGAAAACUGUAGUUGGUCUGGUUUGGAGAAUGUCUGCUGUUGGGCUGGUGAUGUUUUGGGUUGAUUAUUUUGGGCUGACACAUAGCAACCCUCACAUAUAAACAGAAGAAAGCACAGACAAACUGUAAACACUUCAACCAAGUCUACAUUUACGGUAAAGUAGAGGUUAAAUCAGCUCUCAAUCCAGCGUUUCUGACUGUAAUUGGUCAGUUACACUGUUUUUAGGGGAAGUGUCCUGUUCAAAUCAGGUGUGACGGUAUGAAUCUGACGCUGAUUGACAGGCUGUGACCUACAGACCGUGUUACUUUUAGCAUCGUUUACCAAUGGAGCAGUUUCCAUACAUGAAUCAAAUGAAGACCCAGAUAGCAAGAGGAUAGUGUACCACAUCAAGGUCCCCCACUGGCUGUUUGCUCAGCGUUUUCCAGGUGGCCCACCGGUGGUUAACUGUUUAAGAUUAAGUGACCCUUAUUAGUCCCACAACGGGGAAAUUCCACCUCCGCAUUUAACCCAUCUGUGAAGUG